AUGGGAAACCAGCCAUCCAAAGACGGCGGCCAUGCAUCUAGCAAGGGCGCCGGCGUUGACGGAACUGCCGAGACUCUCAAGUCAUACCCUUCCUUUGGCAGAUCCGACACCAAGGACUCGUCGCGCUCGUUCAAAGCCCUUCGAUCCAAGAUCCCCGGUUCCAGCAGGACAGACAGCCCGAGGAACUCCAUCGUCACCUCCCCCACGGACGAAAAGUCCGACGCUGCUUCUGUCAAGUCAGGCAAGAGCGCAAAGUCCGGUACACCCCGAGGUCGCAACGAUUCCAUCACGUCGCCCAUCUCGCCCUCGGGCGAUGUCGAAUCCCCGCUCGACGACUCUCAGCCGCCGCCAUCUCCCACGCAGUCGAGCACCAUCAAGAAUGGAGUUCAUGAUGUGAGCGCCGCCCAGGCCUCGGGCGAGGUCGACCACGUCUCCGACCAGCCACCGUGUGCUGGAGGCAGCUUGAACACCCACAUGCAGCAGCCAGGCAAGUCAAUUCUGGCCACAAAGGGCGGUGACGGCACUGCUACUCCCGUUGCGAAGACGGCCUCGACAAACUCUGGCGACAAGCAGGAGGGCGGCGUUACCAUGAGCGAAAUCAAGGACAUCGACCUCGACGACUUCAUCAAGCGGCUUCUCGAUGCGGGCUACGCCGGCAAGGUUACCAAGAGCGUAUGCCUGAAGAACGCCGAGAUUGUGGCCAUCUGCCAACGAGCCCGCGAGGUCUUUCUCUCGCAGCCCGCCCUCCUGGAACUCGAUGCUCCGGUCAAGAUUGUCGGUGACGUCCAUGGCCAAUACACGGACAUCCUUCGCAUGUUCGAAAUGUGCGGCUUCCCGCCCUCGUCCAACUACCUCUGCCUGGGCGACUACGUUGACCGCGGCAAGCAGUCGCUUGAGACCAUCCUCCUCCUGCUCUGCUACAAGCUCAAGUUUCCCGAGAACUUUUUCUUGCUGAGAGGAAACCAUGAGUGUGCCAACGUCACCAGGGUCUACGGAUUCUAUGACGAGUGCAAGCGCCGCUGCAACGUCAAAAUCUGGAAGACGUUCAUUGACUGCUUCAACACGCUGCCCAUCGCCGCCAUUGUUGCAGGGAAGAUAUUUUGCGUCCACGGCGGUCUAUCCCCCGCUCUGGGUCACAUGGACGAUAUUCGCAACAUUGCUCGUCCCACCGACGUCCCCGACUACGGCUUGCUCAACGACCUCUUGUGGUCCGAUCCGGCCGAUAUGGAACAAGACUGGGAAGCCAACGAAAGAGGCGUGAGCUACUGCUUCGGCAAGAGAGUGAUACUGGAUUUCCUUGCGACGCACGAUUUCGACUUGAUUUGUCGCGCACACAUGGUGGUUGAGGACGGGUACGAAUUCUUCAAUGAUAGGGUUCUUGUGACAGUAUUCAGUGCCCCCAACUACUGCGGCGAGUUCGACAAUUGGGGCGCCGUCAUGUCCGUCUCCAACGAGCUGCUCUGCAGCUUCGAGCUGCUUAAGCCGCUAGACUCGAGCGCGCUGAAGAGCCACAUCAAGAAAGGCAGGAACAAGAGGCAGAGCAUGCUCAACAGUCCGCCUGCACACGUCGAGCCGCGAAGCGUUUGA